AUGGUUAUUUCUUUUUGGAUCGGAAAUUUUCAUUCAUUUGCAUUAAUUAUUUGCACAUUCGUUAUAUACGCUUGUUCAGAAGUUCCAAGACCUCGCGGUGUUUCUUUAUCUAAAUCGUCUCUUUACUCUCCUACGAAAGAUUUUACAUGUUUUGAUGGAACUGUAACAAUUCCAUUUAGUUACGUGAAUGAUGAUUAUUGCGACUGUUUUGAUGGCAGUGACGAACCGGGAACUUCUGCAUGCUUAAAUGGCAUUUUCCAUUGCACAAAUGCAGGUCACCGUCCGCAAAAUAUUCCUAGCUCUCGUGUAAACGACGGAGUUUGUGAUUGCUGUGACGGAACCGAUGAAUAUGCGGAACCUGAUACAUGCAAAAAUAUAUGUGAAGAAAUGGGUAAAGAAGCAAGGGCUGAAGCACAACGGUUAGCAGACUUACAUAAAGCUGGCAAUCAUUUCAGACUAGAAUUAAUAGAAAAAGGGAAUAAAAAGCGAAAUGAAAUGGCAGAACAACUGUCACAAUUAGAAAAAGACAAAGAGGAAGCAUUGAAAAUUAUGGCUGAGAAAGAAGCACUCAAAAAUGAAUUAGAAGCUAAAGAAAAUGAGGUCCUCCAAGUUUAUAGAGAUGCCGAAGAAAAGGAAAGACAGAGGAAAGCUGAAGAAGAAAAGGAAGCUGUAACAAAAGAAGCUAUGGAAUACUUCACCAGGAUUGACUCAAAUCAGGAUGAUGUGUUAACUACAGAUGAAAUAAAAGUAAUAAAUUCUUUUGAUAAAAAUAAGGAUGGUGAAGUAGAUCAAGAAGAAUUACAAUACUUUUUAGGAAACAAUGAGAAUGUGGAUAAAGAUACCUUUAUUUCAACAACUUGGCCCUUGUUAAAACCUUUGGUAAUGAUGGAACAAGGUAUGUAUCAACCUACUUCAGAAGUAGAGGAUAAUGAUCAGGAUGCAAAUCAUGAUGCUGUAGGGGAAUUAGAUAAUGAUGAUGCUGAGGAAGAAAAUGUUGAUGAAGAAUUGGCACAUGAUGUUGAUCAGGAUGUAGAACCAGAACAGUCAAGCCAAAGCUAUGAUGAAGAGACUCAGAAAAUUGUUGAUGAAGCAACUGAAGCCCGUCGUCAAUGGACCGAUGCUGAGCGCACUGUUAGGGAGAUUGAAUCAAACAUAAAAAAUUUCCAACAAAAUCUUGAAAAGGAUUAUGGCCUGCAACAAGAAUAUGCCACUCUUGAUGGACAGUGCUUGGAGUAUGAAGACAAAGAAUAUAUUUAUAAAUUGUGUUUGUUCCAAAAAGUAACACAGAAGUCUAAGAAUGGAGCAGCAGAGGUUGGGCUUGGAAAUUGGGGUGAGUGGGCUGGUGAGGAUAAUAAUAAAUAUUCUGUAAUGAAAUAUACCAAUGGAAUUGCUUGCUGGAAUGGACCAAGCAGAAUGACCACAGUAAAUAUACACUGUGGGUUAGAAACAAAAAUAUUGUCAGUCACAGAACCUUAUCGAUGUGAAUAUAAAAUUGAACUUGCAACACCUGCUGCAUGUGAUGAAUCUAAUAUCACACAACAGCCAUCACAUGAUGAACUGUAG